AUGGUGAAUAUAGACCUGCUACAACAAUUUCAAUUUGAACAAACAUCCUAUAAAAAAGCACAAAUGUUUAUCGAAUUUAAUGAAACAUUUAAAAUGAAAGUUGGUGAUAGUGAACGAUUUUUAAAUGUGUGCUUAUGGUGUAAACCGCCAAAUGAUGAUGUAAAAGCGCAAAAAAAACUUAUCCUGUUUGGUUAUACGAGUAUACCGCUAAGUCAAAUUGUUCUCGAUACUCAUAUGAGUUUUAAACGAGAAACACAGUUAACAUUGAACUUUUUUCCACCGUACUCAAAUGUGUUCAAUAUGUAAGUUUAGCUUAUUUCUCAAAGAAAAGAGUAUAGACUGUGAGCUAAACUGCACACGUUUUUGUAUCUUGUACAGACAAUAUUUGAUACUUCGAUCAUUAAAGAUCAAUUCAGAUGGGUGAGAUAAUUAUUAAUUCUUAAAAAUAAUCAAUUUUUCUAGAAAAAUAAAUAUAGAGAGAGACGGUAAUGGUUUAAACAAAUAGAAUCAGUUAACUGCUCUCUUAUCAAUAAC